CCAUAUUAUUGUUUUCAGCUGGCUCUGGGAGUUAUGAUGCUAUGUUGCGUUGUAGACAUAUUCUUUGGCAGUGAAAACAGAGACUUUACAUUAGUGGACAAAGUCCUGUCGUACCCUUUCUUAAAAUUGUUUACUUUUAGUCUGGCAUUUAUAAUACAAAACUAUUCCAGGAGAGCGUUGAAGUUGUCAGGUAUACUGUUCAUGUUCUGGUUGCUCUAUACAAUAUUUGGCACCCUCCAACUGUAUCUCAUUCAUGUUCAAGACAAUUGGGCAAAAGAAACAUUCCAUUCUGUUUCUGGAUUCUACUACAUUUUCUACAUUGCUGUAGUUGCCAGUUUCCUUUUGAGCUUCUUCCCAGAAUCUGACUUUAUUAUACCUGAUCGUCCAGAAGAAAAAUAUAAACUGUGCACAGAGGAGAUAUCUACAUUUCCAACUAAAAUAACAUUUUUCUGGUGCGUUAGUUUGCUGAGGAAAGGAUGUAAAACCACACUAAACUUAGAUCAUCUGUGGAACUUGUAUCCUAAACAAGCUUUAACAUCUAUUAAUGGGAAAACAGGUGGAGUCAGUGAAACUGUUAAGCAAAUCUUAAAAACAUUUAAAAAUAAAAGAGCACCAUGUUCUGUUUUUGGGCCCAUCUUGAAAGCUAUUAGGUCAGAAUUUGUCUUUGCUGCAAGUCUCAAAUUCUGUUCUGAUUUCCUAACAUUCUGCAAUAUCUUUCUAUUAAAGAAUGUAAUUGACGCAUAUACAGAUGGUGAACCUGGUACAAAAUUUAGAAUUUAUUUCUGGACUUCUAUUAUACUACUCAGUAAUGCCAGCAAUGUUGUGUUAAAGUAUCAACAUGAAUACAGAGUACAGCUCAUACAAAUUAGAGUGCAGUCAUCUCUAUUUUCAGCAGUUUAUAGAAAGAUUUUAAAGAUGUCAUCAACUGCACAGAGAGAGAGAACUGUCGGAGACAUAGUGAACCUUAUGGCUGUAGAUGUUGCACAGAUCUUGAACAUAAUCUCAUAUGUGCAUGACCUGUGGUUUGUCCCCGUGCAAGUCUCCACUGCUUUCUACUUUCUCUUCAGUACAUUAGGGCCUACAGUACUAAUAGGAGUUAUAAUCUUGGUAGUGUCACUAGUCUUGUACACUGUUCUUGCAAAAAUUAUAAGAAGAGUACAAUCUGAACAAAUGAAACUGAAAGAUCAAAGAAUAAAAAUGAUUUAUGAAAUUAUUGCUGGUAUUAUGAUGGUGAAAAUGAGUGUUUGGGAAUCUGGAUUUGAGAAAAUUGUAUUAAAUAUACGAAAGAAAGAGACAUUUAAGCUUAAGCUUAUAGCAUUUCUUCAAGCACUAUCUUCUUUCAUUUCGUUAUGUACCAUAUUUUUGAUGAUUUUUGCAGUUUAUUGGAUGUACCUCAGUACACAUGUUCCUGAAAAUAUUCCUGCAACGGUUAUUCUGUUAGUUCAGACAUUUUUAUUUCUGUGGGAUUCAUCUAUAAGUUUUACCAAUUUUAUUACGCAUUUUCCUCAGUUUUGUGUUUCCUUGAGAAGGGUUAAUGAUUUAUUGAACUCUGUUAAUUUCCAACCAUGCAGUGAGGAGCACAACUUAUCUAUCGGAAAUGCAAUAGACAUACAGAAUGGAGUGUUUUCUUGGCAAGAUUCAGAAAAUGGAGUGACAUUGGCUAACAUAAGUUUAACAGUGAAAGAAGGGUUUCUUGUGGUUGUUGUUGGCAGAUCAGGUUCAGGCAAGAGUUCUCUCCUCUCAGCCAUCCUGGGAGAGAUGUACAAGAUUAGUGGUGAAAUCUAUGCUAAGGAGCAAAAAGCAUAUGUGCCUCAGCAGGCCUGGAUCCAGAAUAGAACUAUCCGAGACAAUAUCCUGUUCGGCCUGCCUCACAAUCCGAUCCUCUACCACAGUGUGUUACUAGCCUGUGCUCUUAACCAGGACUUGGACUUACUGCCAGGUGGAGACAUGACUGAAAUCGGUGAACAGGGUUUGAACUUAAGUGGUGGCCAGAAGCAGAGGGUAGCCCUGGCUCGAGCUGUGUAUGUCAUGCUCUUCUCUCACCCUAAAGCCAGCAACUCACCUAGAGAACGUCAUUACAACCUUUGUCUAUUUGAUGAUACUCUCAGUGCAUUGGACACAUUUGUAGCCAGACGUGUAUAUAAAAAUGUAAUGGGUCCUGAAGGUGUACUUAAAGAUAAGACACGUAUUAUCACCACAAGUCCGAAAUCAAAAACUGUUCUAAAAGAUGCAGAUAUGAUUGUAAUGCUUGAAGAUGGUAAAAUUAUUGAGAGUGGGACUUUUGACGAUUUGUGGGGCAAGAAAAGAGAUUUUUAUAAAUUCUAUAUGGAAGAGAGCAAUAAUAGGCAAUAUCAGCUUGUUGAUGAAUUGAUUAGUCAGAAUGAUAGUGUAAGUGAAAAUCACAGAAUAUCGGAUAAUAUGGAGAAAUGCAAAUCCGGAAGCAGCUCACAAAGUUUUCAUAAUACCAACGAGGAGGACAAGCUUAUCCAAGAAGAGACCACAGAAGUGGGAAAAGUAAAGUGGGCUGUAUACAACCACUAUCUCAAGUCAGGAGGGCUGUGGUUUGCAGCUUUUGUUCUUUUUCUAGUAUUCCAUCAGUUGCUUCUGUUUGUUCUCAUUAAUUCGCCAGAAGCUUGGAUUACGGACGCAGGGACACCCGGAGAGAACAAUACAGAGACAACUAAAAGUGAUUUUAGUCGUCUUUGUGCCUACACAGUAAUUGGAAUCAUGUUCGCUAUUACCUUCUUCGGUGCUGAGCUUACAGUACGGUGGGCUUUACUCAAUAGUAGUUCCAAGCUCCACAACUCUAUGCUCCAUGGCGUGCUGUAUGCUCCACUGUCCUUCACAGACUCCAACCCUUGUGGCCGUAUCAUUGCCAGGUUCUCUCGAGAUAUGGAUAUUCUUGAUUACAAUCUUCCGACAUCUUUUCAUUCAUUUCUCUACUAUUGUUUUGCAGUGAUGAUGUUCUCAUUUGCCAUAAUGCUCGAACCUUCAAUUUUUACUUUUGCUGCAGUAGUCAUCGUGAUAUUCUCCAUUUUAAUAAUGCUCUGCUUUAUUGCAACUUCUAGACAGCUAAGGAGGCUUGAGUCAGUGUCUCGCUCUCCUAUUUAUUCACAUCUCAGUGAAUCAUUCGUAGGAGCCACUUCAAUUCGUGCAUAUGGUGCCCAGGAUAGAUUCAUACAAAAGUUUGAAGAAAAUGUGGACUCAAACCAACGCUGCAACUUUUCAUUAAGUGCCUCAAACAUGUGGGUUGGAGUGUGGGUCUCUAUGUGUGGUGUUUUCAUUAUUUUCCUUGUAUCACUGAUGGGAACCUCUUACAUACAGUCACCAAAUGAAGUAUAUUACGGUCUUCUGUACUUUUCAACAGUGAUAGUACAUUACCUUCGUAAUUCAGUGUUAUCAGCUGCUGAAAUUGAGACCAAUAUUGUUGCUGUGGAACGAAUAAAGGAAUAUAGCGAAAUACCAACAGAGGUAUUGCAGCUCAAACCAUCACAUAACAGUUUACGUGAUAAAAAAGAAAACAACCUGAGAAAAAAUGAGGAACCUAGUGAGGGUGACAUUGGACUCUCUGAAGUAUUCAUAGAAGCAAGUGAAGAUGAAAACCAAGAACUUCUCAUCCCUGUAGGCUGGCCCAGUCAAGGAAAGGUGGAGUUCAAGAGAUAUAAAACAAGAUACAGGGAAGGAAAACCCUGGGUACUUGAUGAUCUGAACUUUGUUUUCUCACCCUCGCCCGGCUAUAAUAAGGUUGGUAUAGUGGGUCGCACAGGGGCUGGGAAGACUUCUUUCGCCUUGUCACUGUUCCGCAUCCUCGAGGCUGUAGAAGGCAAGAUACUCAUUGAUGAUGUCAACAUUUCUCAGCUCACAUUGGCACAAUUGCGAUCAAGUCUAAACAUUAUAACACAGGAACCUGUACUUUUCACUGGAUCUCUUCGGAUGAACAUAGAUCCAUUAGGAUGUAACUCAGAUGAAGAUAUCUGGAAUGCCUUGAAGGCGGUAAGGCUGAAGCAAUAUUUCAAAAAACAACCAGCUGAACUGAACUUUGUUAUUAAAGAGGACGGGGCAAACCUUAGUGUUGGGAAUAAACAGCUGAUCUGCUUGGCACGAGCCCUCCUACGAAAGACAAAAGUGUUGAUCUUGGAUGAGGCCACAUCUGCAUUGGAUCAGAAUACAGAUAACUUUAUAAAUGAUAAAGUCCAUGAAGAGUUCAAAGAUUGCACUGUGUUCACCAUUGCACAUCGGCUCAGCACUGUAAUGAGGUCCGACAUGAUUAUGGUAAUUGAGAAUAAGAAAAUCAUUGAAUUUGGUAAACGAGAAGAUCUUCUAAAAAAUCGUGACUCAGUUUUCUACAAAAUGGUUCAGAAUGCUGCCCAAUAGUUUUCGUAGUUUAAACUAUCUUUUAGUUAUAUUUUAACAAAACAAAAUAUAUAUUGCUGAACAUGGAGUUGAUAAUUAAACUCCCAAGAGUAUAAAAUAAUAUAUCUACACGUAAUUAAAUGAACUUUAAACGGACUUUGUAUUACAAUGCAAUGGAUAUAGGCUUACAUUAAUUUGAAUGAUAUGAUUUGUUAUAUUAACCCUUUGAACCCCAGGCGACGAUAUAUUGUCGCCGAGAAAAUAUGCGAAGAUCCCUGCGGCGAUGAUGUAUCGGAGCCAAUGAAGACGCGAGAAUCCCCAGGCGACGUAAUAUCGUCGCCAUGGUAUAUGCAUUUAAUACAUAUUUAUUUGAAAUCGUAAAAUACUUAUUUUAUGAGUAUUAAUACAUAUUUAUGAGUAUUUCAGUAAAAUACUAAUUUUUUUGUUAGUAAUAUAGUGUAUUUAAAAUAACAUCUAUGCUCAAAAAAAUAUAUUACUCUUUGUUGCUACGUAGCUGUUGCCACCAUGCCAUUUCUACUCCACAGCUGUAUUUGUUUACAAAUCGGUCUAAUGUUACGUAUAUUGUCUUUGUGCGUGUGAAUUGAGUUAAAUGUUGUAAUUGAGGACUGUUUUUAGUCACUUUUUCUUUAGUUUUAAUCUUACAGUAAUAAUCAGUUUUGUGAACAAUGAGUGACAACAUUGUAAAUCACCCGAGUGAAUUGGACAGACAACUGGAUCUUGACCUAUAAGAUGACGAUUGGUCUGACGUCUCAUCAAUUUUCAGUGAUGACACUGAUGUUGAUCCUACCUAUAGACCAACUAUCUCGGACUCAGAUGACGAAGAAAUGCCAUUUAGUCAGCUAUCUACUUCUCACGGUAACGCCGCCUCUAGGCCUACUCCGGACAAUGACCAAGCGGCCUCAGUGAGAUCGCGGUUGCAAAAUCUUUAUCUUUAGAGAUAUCAAUAUAAUUGUUUUUUGUACAUACAUAAAACU